CAUGGCGCCGCCCUCCAUCGUGCGUUCUGCCCUGAGUGUAUUUUUUGAAUACGACACUCCGCGAAUUGUUCACAUUCGAAGUAAAAAGGUUGGAAUUAUUAACAGAUUUCUGCAGCUGGCAAUAAUAAGCUACGUAAUAGGAUUUGCUAUCAUAUACAAGAAGGGUUAUCAAGAUUUUGAUGAUGUCAACAGUGCCGUUACAACCAAAUUAAAGGGAGUAGCCCUAACGAACCUAACAGAUGAGGGUAUUAAUGGAACACGGGUCUGGGAUGUGGCAGACUACGUUAUUCCACCGCAGGAAAAUAAUGCAUUUUUUGUGAUGACAAAUGUGAUAGUAACACCUGGUCAACAACAAACUACUUGUCUCGAGAGUCCUUCCGUACCCGAUGGUUUAUGUAGUACAAAAAAACCUUGUGAACCAGAUACACCAGUCGUAAAUGGAAAUGGUGUUAAGACUGGAAACUGUAAACAAUUGCCAACAAACUCCUCUGUUGAAGUGUGUGAGAUAUAUGCCUGGUGUCCAGUAGAAAAGGAUGACAAACCAAGUAAACCUGUUUUAUUAGCAUCUCAGAAUUUUACGGUAUUUAUUAAAAAUAAUAUAGAAUUUGGGAAAUUUGGUGUCAAAAGACGUAACCUUAUUGGGUUUGAAAAUGACACCGAGCUGGCUAGUUGUCGAUAUGAUGCUAAUGAUAAACUUAACCGAUUUUGUCCUAUUUUUAUUUUGAGCGAAAUCGUACAGUACACCGGUCAAGAUUACUAUAAUUUAGCUCUCUCGGGUGGUGUGAUACAGAUACUAAUCCAGUGGAACUGUAAUCUGGACUUAAGUGUGGAGGACUGUGUGCCUGAAUAUCAGUUCAGAAGACUGGACAGCAAUGACUACACACUUGCGAAAGGUUUUAAUUUCAGAUAUGCUGAACCAUAUUUUGAAGAUGGAGUGAAAAAAAGAACAUUAAUAAAAGCAUAUGGUAUUCGUUUUAUUGUGACUGUUGAAGGAAAAGCUGGCAAAUUUAAUUUUGUGCCUUUGUUUCUCAACAUUGGUAGCGGUUUAGCUUUACUCUCUAUUGCUACUAUAGUCUGUGAUAUUGUGGUGUUGUAUUUCUUAAAAGCCAGAAAGUUUUUCAAAGAAAAGAAAUAUUUGGAUGUGAAGGGAGCUGAUGCAUAUGAGACCCUGGAUGAAGGAAGUAUGAAAUCUGAUUCUCCUGUAGUUCAAAGAAAACCAUAAUCAAGAUUAAUUUGUACAAUUUAUGUUAUACAGUAAGAAAGCAAGAAAACUUCCUACUCAGCAUGCAAGCUUGGAAAUAUAGGCAUCUAUAACAGACAUUUAGCUUCGAACAACCCUUCUGGCAAUCAAGCCUGGAAAUAAGGCACCUGUCACAGACAAUGUCAGACACAGAUUCAGGCUUUUCCAGACACUAAACCUCUGGUGCCUGUCAUUUUGUCCGGCACUAAUUUGUCUUUUUUAUUGAUAUUAUUAAUACAUGUCCGGAACUAAGUUGAAAAUGUCAGGUACUAUUUCAUUAGUGCCUGACAUUUUGUCAGGUACUUCUAAAACCGUUAUUUCCAGGCCUGCUGGCAAGUAUUUUAUUUUUUUAUCAGUGUUUUUAAUUCUGUAAUUAUUAAUGUCUGACACAAAGUUUAAAAUGUCAGGUACUAAAUUUGUUCGUGCAUUCCAAUCUUAAUGUAUUGCGGACCAGGAACUCGGUCAAAAUCGUUGCUCGCCUUGUUCUUAAUGAUGUCGCUCUUCAAAAAUAUAAACCACAGCUCUGCCAAUUCAAAUUCUAACAACAUGAAAAUUUACAGGCAAUUACCUUGGACAAUUGCGCAACGAUUUAUUGGAUGUUGAUUUUUUAUUUGACUUCACAAUUCCAAGAUGGCGAUGAUGACAUCAUGUUCAGUUCCUGGUCCAUAGUACGCUCGAAUUUGUUUUUUAAAAAAAUUAUUAUUCUUUUAACGUGGCAUUUAAUUUCAAGCCUAGAUGGUUUCUAUGCCUUUUGUUUAUAAUGUUUUGUAUUUGUUUGUCUACAGCCAGCAUGUUGUUAUAGAGGUAGUUAUUUUGAAUGUGACGUCACAUAGUUUAUGGACUAGAGUCGUAGCUAAAAAAAAGUUGCGCUAACUACUGUGAAUAACCGCUUCUUUGAAGAUGCAUUAUGUAAACUAAACAGUAGUUAAUUAGACACUUGGUAAUCAAAAUUAAACGCUGAUAUUUAAAUUGGAUACCAGUACAAAUUGAACAAUAUUAGCCGAAAUUCAACAAUAGACGCAUCAGAGAAACUAACGCUGUUUACACAAGAUUAAACGAUAUCCUGGGUACAGUGUAAGGUUUAGAUAAAGAGCUGACAGCUCUCGCUAUAAUAGUUUAAAAAUUGAUAAUGAAAAAAGAAUAUAAUUAAAAUUUCAGUCAAAUUACUUUAAUCUGAGUGUAAUUAUGAAUAUUUGCUACCAUUAUUGCGAUAGUAAACAAAAUCUUGUUUAUCUAUUUUUAAAUUAAAUCAUGUUUCAAUCCUUUAAAUUUCACAAGCGCUCGAUGGUCUAGAGAAUUGAUUAUAGGCUUGUCAUCAGAACAAAUCUCUAAAUGAUGAUUUAUAUAAAAUUUGAAGCCAAAAAAAGGGACCUGCAAUAGACAGAUUUAGCUCUUUUACAUAAUGCAUCUUUAAUAUUAAGAUGUACGAGUUGCUGAAGGGUUAAUUUGACUAUAAUAAUAAUAUGUCCAUUUAUAUAGCACCAAAUCCACAAACUAUGUUUUUGUUGUUUUUGUGAUUUAUUGUUUUUGUAUUAAGUUUAUUUGUUUGAUUAUUUUUUUUAUAAUUUGACCCUCGUAAGGUGAUUUACUUUAUGUGUUCCAAGCUUUGAAUUAAUUAUUGCUUACAUAGGUUCCACUGUCGUGCGAUGCUUUACGAUAGGAUUCGAUACGAUCAACACAAUUGCUACAACUGAACUCGAUAUAUGAUAAGACUUGAUAGAAUCGUCACGAUUACUCUACGCUUAAAACCACGAUUUCAAUCGUAGCGUGAAACGUAGUGGGAACCUAGCACUGUUAACAUUUGAUCAUUUAUGGCUCCAUGUCCACACCAGCAUUCUAUGACAUUAUCAUGUAUAAAGUUUCAGAAUUUUAGUUAAACAAUUAACAAUACAACUCAGGUAUCAUUUAGUUGGGUUGUUUUAGCAGGAGUUUCUGUAUUUAAUGUUAAGUUUCAAACCAUCGUUGGAAAACUGAUCAAAUCUAUUGUUGAGAAACUAAACAGUUAUAAACCUAACACUCAUUAUGUAAUCUAGACAGACUCUUUAAACUACACAACAGUAAAAACCCAAUAGUUUUCUGUGAUUCUCAAUAGAUUUGAUCAGUUUUCCAACAGUAGAAAUUUAAUGGUUUUCUAUGAUUCUCAAUAGAUUUAAUCAAUUUUCCAAUAAUGGUCUGAAACUAAACAUUAAAUACAGAAACUCCUGCUAGUGUAAAAUAUUGGCUACCACAAUCGUGUCUGCUUAUAUUUAAAAUGUUGUGUAAGGGUAACACCAGUUAUUUGACAUAUUAAAAGCUUAAAUUUUCAGAAUUUCUAUAUUUUUAUUAACUAUGCUUAAAGGACGAAUUAUGAAAAAAAUGAUAUUAUUUAAGAAUUAUGGCCAAUGUAUUGUAUAUAGAUUUAUACUAUAUUUUAUUUUGUAAUGUACACUUACUGCAACGCUGGGGCUUAAUUUACAAAAUUUAAACUGAAAUGCAGUUAUUUCAUUGGCGAGGAGUUAAUAUGCAUGGCUGCGAGUAUCACUGAGAGGGCACACUAAUCAGCAGUGAAUAUUCGCUAGGCUGCUACAAUCACUGAUAUAGUAGCGAUGACAUCGACACGGCUUAAUGAGCCCGAACUAUUAACUUUUUUCCUCCGACAAAUUAAAUUCUAAAACAUUUUUUCUAAGUAUUAGAAAAAUAAAUAAAGACGUUUGAAGUAUAUGUAGGUAAAAAUUAUAUAGACGAGUAAAGGGCGCUAUUCUGUCCGGACCAGUAACGUCUUAUGUAAACAAUACACGCACCAUUGAGCCAAUGAUUGACGCCACGUGAUGUGACAUCACUUGUUAAAAGCCCUCAUAUUUUUAGUGUAGGAUAAAACACAAGACUGAGGUUAUCCAGGGGAAAGAAAGACCGAAGAAAACAACCCGGUAGGCUGAGGUUUUUCUGUCAAGGGUUUUUUCUGAAAUCUUUCCUCCCAGUAUAACCGAAGUCGGGGACUUUAUCUUGCUUAUAAUCCAUCUAUGUUUACAUGUAGAAAAAAUGAGAAUAUCCUAGAAUUCCAGUAAGAAAAACCUUAUACCAUGUUUUCUUAUGGGGAAAAAAACCUACCUUGGAAGAAUAGCCUGUUACAGGUUUCAAGAAAAAGUUUCAGAAAAAUAACCCCAAAUUCCCUUGUAUAUAUCAAAAGUCGCCCCCGACUUUCAGACCGCAAGUUAUUCCGGGCAUAGAAUAUACCCCAAAGAUCAAAGAGAUUUACCGUAAUAGGUUUAUAAACAGCUAUAAUAAGAUUUUACGCAGUACCUCUGUAAAGCAGAUUGCUGAGAGGGGCGACAUCAUAGCAAGUUAAUUAGCUCCCAAUAUUAACUUUUAUCUUCUACAAAUUAAAUUCUAAAACAAUGUUUCUUUAACAGCCCAUUGCGUUCAGUCCCCACGGUUUGUUUUUAUUUAUGUAAAUAAUAUGUAGAUUUAUUUAUAGAGUUCUUAUAAAGAUAGAAAUCAAAUUGAUUACCAUAUGUUUAUAUACAUAAAGUUAUUUUUAUAUAUAUACAGAUUUUUACAUAGAAUGAUUUAUUGUUAUAUUUGAAUGUAUUGUAAUAAAUACAAGUGUCUUAAUGUCUUGUUGUUUGAGCAUAUUAAACUUAAAGGGACUAUCCCGAUUUGAACAGAGUCUUAAAAAUAAAAGUCUGAGUACGUAUGAAAUUUAAGCGCCAAAAUAUAGAGGAGUGGUGUAUCUACCUUGUCUCAAAAUUUCAGCUCAAAAUAUUGAGCCGUUUGGAGGUGA